UGAUAGAAACAAUCAUCUCCCUUAACAGCAAGCGCGUAAUUACAAUUAUAAUAAUUAAUCACAACAAGAUAAAUCAAAUAAAUCGAUAAAAAAAUAUUAUUCAGGUCCACCAACGAGAACCCAAGUAGGAAAAAAAAUAUAUAGGAAAUUUAAUUUUAUCAAAAAGAAAAAAAGGUAGAAGAAGAAGAAGAAGGAAGAGAUUCGUCAAUCCUUAGAUUUUUGGGGGCUCAUCGUUCGCAGCUUAAUCUCUAAGGUUUUCUUUUCUUUUUUUCUCCUUUUCUUGGGGUGGAAUUUGGGAGCUGUCCAUGGAUAUUUCGAUGGGAAAAUGCGUAUUUAUGUUGAUGGUGGUGUGUGUGUUGACGGAAUCAGCGACGUCGUUGCGUUCGGAUUCUUCCUCGUCGUCGUCUGUUUGUCAGCUGGAUUUCGUAACAUUUCUUCACGAUCUCAAUUCUCAGUGCCCCUUUGCCGACCCGUUCCCUUCUUCGCCAAUUCAGGUGAAUGGAGAAGCAUUUGAUAAAGCUAUGGCCUCCAUUCGGAAGAAUGAAUAUAUGGCCGUUUUGUUUUAUGCCUCAUGGUGUCCUUUCUCAAGCAUCUUCAAGCCUAAAUUUUCUACUCUCAGUUCCAUGUAUCCUCAGAUCAAACAUGUGAUGGUCGAACAAUCUUCAGCCAUGCCUAGUGUUUUCUCUAGAUAUGGUAUUCAUAGUGUGCCCUCACUGCUGAUAGUGAAUCAGACAACACGAAUUAGGUAUCAGGGUAGCAAAGAUCUCCAGUCCCUUGUGAGUUUCUACAAAAGAACUACAGGGCUAGAUCAUAUGGCAGAUAUGGCUGAAGAAACGCAUCGUAAUGAGGAAGCCUUUCGGGUUUGGGAUUCAGCGUCGCUGAAAGAAGCCUUGUACAGGGAACCUUACCUAGUACUCUCCCUAGUAUUUGUGAUCUCGAGAGCAUUUCUGUACUUCUUUCCAGAAAUAGCAUCUGAUCUAUCGGCGCUAUGGUUGGCCUGCAUGCCUCAUCUGAAUUUGGGGAUUUUCGGGGAGUCGAGGCAGCUUCUGGGUCAUGCUCUGCAACUGAUUGACGUGAGGAGGAUUUUGAGCAAGCUAAAGAUUUGUAAAACCAGGAACUUCCAUGAAAGGGCAAGAAAUGCUCGGGUAUGGGCAUCGUCCCUCGCGUCUGUAUCCUUGGGCGAGACAUCUUCAUCGAGAGUAUUAACGUCGAGAGGCUUCGAGAACUAGGUGGCUUCUGGGAAGCUCGAGCAACUCAAUUACUGCCUCCGGCUGCAAGAAGUAAGUGAUGAUUGACUUCUACUAUACUACUUUGAUUCGGCCGUCAGCCCUCCCAAAAAUAUGAAGGAAAAAAAGAAAAGAAAAAAGACCAGAGCUCGUUUUGUUGUCCCCUCCUUUCUUUCUUUUUUCUUUUUUUUUCUUUUUGCCUUUUUCUUCUUUUUUGUUUUUGUUUAAUAUGUAGUAGUGGCUACACCCUUUUGUAUUGAGAGUAACUAAACGAUGGAAUUUGGGUUGGAAUAUGGAGAGUAGUGAGGAAUCAUGUAAAUUUGGCAAAAAUAUAUUCCUCCAUUGUAUAUCAUCAUGUAGUUCUUUGAGAAAUUAAGCUGCACUUUCAAAUUUGAA